AAAGGCUCUUCACUCUGGCUGGAGGCGGACGGAGCGAGAAGAAGUGGACGACGACCGCGCGGCGCCGCGGGAGGGAUGGAGGCGGCGGCAGCAGAGCCUGGAAACCUGGCCGGCGUCCGGCACGUCAUCCUCGUCCUCUCGGGAAAGGGCGGGGUUGGGAAAAGCACCAUCUCCACAGAGCUGGCCCUGGCCCUGCGCCACGCGGGCAAGAAGGUGGGGAUCCUUGACGUGGACCUGUGUGGCCCCAGCAUCCCCCGCAUGCUCCGGGCCCAGGGCAGGGCCGUGCACCAGUGUGGCAGCGGCUGGGUGCCCGUCUUCGUCGACCAGGAGCAGAGUAUCUCCCUCAUGUCUGUGGGCUUCCUGCUGGAGAAUCCAGACCAGGCUGUGGUGUGGCGAGGCCCCAAGAAAAACGCGCUGAUAAAGCAGUUUGUGUCUGACGUGGCCUGGGGACAGCUGGACUACCUGGUUGUGGACACGCCCCCGGGGACCUCUGAUGAGCACAUGGCCGCUGUGGACGCCCUGCGCCCCUACAGCCCCCUGGGCGCCCUCCUGGUCACCACGCCCCAGGCAGUGUCCGUGGGGGACGUGAGGCGGGAGCUGACCUUCUGUAGGAAGACGGGGUUGCGGGUGAUCGGCAUCGUGGAGAACAUGAGUGGCUUUGUCUGCCCGCACUGCACGGAGUGCACCAAUGUCUUCUCCAGGGGAGGCGGCGAGGAACUGGCCAGACACGCUGGAGUCCCCUUCCUAGGCUCCGUGCCCCUGGACCCCGACCUCACGAGGAGCCUGGAGGAGGGCCGAGACUUCAUCCAGGAGUUCCCUGAGAGCCCUGCCUUUCCCGUACUCUCCGCCAUAGCCCAGAAAAUUCUGAACGAGACGUCUGCUCAGCUCUCUUGACCGAGGCAGCCCCACGUGUCUCCUCUUGGCGCUGCUGUGGGGCUCGCGCUCACCGACUGGAGCAGACAUCCUGGGCACAGCUCCUGGGUCCUGUCGGGCUGGCUGAGGGGCCGUCACUGAGCACGUGUCCGUGCCCGGGCCCUUGGAGACAUGUCAAUGCUUCUUCACCAGCAUCUCGGUGCCAGGGCCGCUGACAAUGAGUGGUUCUGCGGGGUUGGCCUGUGGCACACCCCAGGGCAUCAGCAUGGGAUCCUGGUGCGUGGCUUGAGCUCUGGUGCUGGCACGUUCACUCUUCAUGCCGUCGUAGUCACGUGCCCCAGGCAGAUGGACAGGCCGCUCCUGACCCCUGUGUCUCCACAUUGUCCACAAAGCUUGUGGGUCUGGAAGCGGGCUGGGGCCUCGUCGUCCUCAGGUGCUUGGCAGCCGGCAGGGCUGGGAGUGAUCGUGGUGACACGGGAACACCCGGUAAGGUCUUAAACCUGUAACUUCAGAGGAGCCCACGAUUAAACGUGUCUGGUCGCCACGGUUACAAGUCUGACAUUU